AUCGUAAGGAAGCAAAAAACCACAUUUCCCUAGGUGGAACCAGAUAAAGCUUCCGAUCAAGGAUCUGGGAAAGCAGAAGUCAGACGAGAAGAUUAACGUUAACAGUUGUUUUAAUGUUGAAAACACAUCGUUUUGAAGACUGCUGAGCAUCGCAGUGAACCCCUGACCCUGUCCACAACCAUGGCGAUCCUGUUUGCAGUGGUUGCCCGCGGCAGCACCAUCCUGGCGAAGCAUGCGUGGUGUAGCGGUAAUUUCCUGGAGGUGACAGAACAAAUCCUAGCUAAAAUACCAUCCGAGAACAACAAGCUCACCUACAGCCAUGGCAGCUAUCUCUUCCACUACAUCUGCCAUGACAGAAUCAUAUAUCUCUGUAUCACUGACGACGACUUUGAGCGGUCACGUGCGUUCAGCUUCCUGGGAGAGGUGAAGAAGCGUUUCCAGACGACCUAUGGUUCCAGAGCUCAGACAGCCCUUCCCUACGCAAUGAACUCAGAGUUCUCCUCCACUCUGAUGGCUCAGAUGAAGCACCAUUCCUCUCCUCCAUCAGAUCGCCUGGCUGAGACUCAGAUGCAGGUUGACGACCUGAAAGGCAUCAUGGUACGCAACAUCGACUUGGUGGCUCAGAGGGGAGAGAAGUUGGAGUUGCUGAUUGAUAAAACGGAGAACCUGGUCGGCUCAUCUGUGAGUUUUAAGACCACCAGCCGUAACCUGGCCAGAGCCAUGUGUAUGAAGAACCUCAAACUGACUGUCGUCGUAGUGGUGGUGUCACUGGUGGUCCUGUAUGUAGUUGUGUCUGCAGCCUGCGGAGGACUCAGCUGGCCCAACUGCAUCAGGAAAUAAGAGAGGGGGAGGACAAGAAGAGAGGGGGAGGAUGAGGAGAGAGGGGGAGGAAAAGAGGGAGCAAGAGAAGACGACAGCGGACCCACAAAGAAAGAAAUCGCUCUCCUCCUCCUCCCUCUUGUCUUCCAGUCAGCAGGGAGGAGAGGUCCUCUAUUGGACAGAAUGGUGACACAACAAGGCAUCCAGACAGUGGAGAUUUAACAACGUUGUGAUUGUCUUGCUUUCUGUUCCUUAACAAGAGAAUGAGGUGUGUUUAUCUGUCCAAAGACAAGCGAUUGUUGGAUAUGCAGCUUUAAAAUAUUUUGCAAGUGGAAUUCAGUCCACUGUCCAGUCCAGCUGUCCUCCAUACUGUUCUCCAGUCCAUGGCCCUCUCAUCCAGGGCUCUACAAGCCUAGCAAACAGCUGUUCUCCAGUCCAUGGCCCUCUCAUCCAGGGCUCUACAAGCCUAGCAAACAGCUGUUCUCCAGUCCAUGGCCCUCUCAUCCAGGGCUCUACAAGCCUAGCAAACAGCUGUUCUCCAGUCCAUGGCCCUCUCAUCCAGGGCUCUACAAGCCUAGCAAACAGCUGUUCUCCAGUCCAUGGCCCUCUCAUCCAGGGCUCUACAAGCCUAGCAAACAGCUGUUCUCCAGUCCAUGGCCCUUUCAUCCAGAGCUCUACAAGCCUAGAAAACAGACUGAUAAUCUGGAGUAGGGUUUACCAAAUGUUUUUACCCUGGGGCCCCCUUCCAGCAUUGGAGAACAUCCCACGCCUCCCCCGGCAUGCGCACCGUGUCUAUUUCUAUUGGUACAGCACUGUUCAUGACACACUGUUCACACCCCUCUGGAGAGGACAUGUUGCAGGUUUUAAGCUUAUUUCCUGCAAUUGUACACAUUUUGUCAUGGGGUGCAAAAUAAAUGUUUCAGUUUUAAAGCAA